AUGAAUGGCUGUAUGUGUUUCCUGUUACCGCUUAUCAACUUUUUUUCCUCCUUCAGUAACUUUACAUGGAUGAAUUAAAAUAUUUCCACUUUUUUCUCUUUUCACUUGUUUUCUUUUUUCAAUGUUCCAGGAUCUUCAGAAUAUUCAUAACCUUAGCUAAUCUAUCAAUUAACUUCUAAUACACACAACAAAUCCCAUAAAAGAUUAAAAUCCCACCCCUUUCAUACGAUAGCUAAUCCCAAUCAGGUUUACGAACGAACGCAACUGUUGACUCAUUUAACCAUGUUCUGAACUCGUUACCCUGUUAUUAAUCUUUUAAAAUUCCUCCUGAAAUCCAUAACUACACUUAUCUUUUAGCUCCCUUAUUAUCAUGACGCGCUCUUGUACGUCUGCGGCGGCGACGGUUGUGACAGGGGACAGUGGCGGCGGCGGCAGUGGUGGUGGUAGCGGGGGCGUCAGUCGCGAUAACGUUCUAAGAAGCCGCCACGUCCCUGAUAUAUAAAAGUAAAGGAAUCCCAGGGCACCUUUCAGUCAUGCCCUGAACACGCCAGGCUGCGCACCUCAACUCUUUGUUCCCCAUUCUCAAACAAUUCAGCACUGCACCUCUACUACAUUCCAAAGGCUCUGAUUGAAGUGACACGGGUUUUCAAGGGUGUUUUUAUGACUCCAGCGAAGGAUUAACACAAUUUCUACACUGCUGGCAGGAGAAACACGCAUGAAAACCGUGGCCUUUGAAAAUAGCUGUGGUGAGAUAAAGAGAGAGAGAGGAAGAAAGAUCAAAGCGUUUCUGAAUACGGGCCUUUAAUCUUUGGUGCCUUGUUGUUAUUGCCGAGCGGGUCACGCCUCCCACACUCUCAAGGCCACGCGGGUAGCUAAGUGUGCGGCGCGGGGCUGACCAGUGCGAGAGAGAAAAAAAAUUGGUGACCGCUCUCAACUUCCACCCACACAAGCACUUUCGGCAGACGUUCUCACACGCACACACGCACGCACAGUCUCACAGGCGACACGACAGGACGCCAGGAGUGAUUGAGAGGUCUCGAGUUUCCUCCCGGGCUGAUAAGACGAGGGAGCGAAGGAGAGACGAGGGAGAAGGGAGAAGUGACGAGGGAGAGGAGGGGAGUGUGGUGAGGUGAAGAAACUGAGGCUGCAAGGCCGAAUACCGCAACCGUUUGACCUCCACCUAACCAGCACUACCACCACUACUACACCACUACUACUACUAACUAAUACUAUUUCGCCGCGUCAAAGUUCUCGCCUUAGGGACGCCAUGUGCACCUCACCAGGACUCCCUCACCACCACCACCACCACCACCACCACUUGCCUCGUCGACCAACGGACCUGUAAUGCCUGAAAAACUGACAUACCUCGCUGUUUGCCUGCUGGUCCUGCUGAAUGUGGUUUCAACUAUGGGAGGAAACAACAAAGACUACAAUUACUACAACUCACACGUCAACAACUCUCUGUGCCUCUCCUUCAGAAACAAGAGGUUGGCCGAGUGUUGCAAGCAGGACGACAUGCAACGAAUAUACGUCCACAAAACAGGACAAUAUACGGGUAUCUUCCACAUUAAGGAUUUCAAGAAAGUGCUUUGUUACGACAAGACGAGGGGCAAAUUCAGAUCGUACAGUGGAAAAAACUUGGGUCUGGAGCGGUGUCGGCACCGGCGGCGGCGAGAGCGGGAGCACAGGAGGCGGCGGUGCGCAGGCUACAAGCUCUCCAGAGCCGACGAGGAGAAGCUCAAGGCGAAAGGCUGCGAGCUGUACGAUAAGAUGGGUGGCGGCUUCACUUACAUCUCCGCCGAGAUUAAUUCGCUGUUCCUCGGUCUGCGGAGAGGCCGCGCACAGAAGCACAAGAAGCGAGACCGCAAGGAAGUGCGGGAACCCAAGGAUAGAAACAAGCAAUUCAUGCUCGUAAGUGAAAGCAAUUUCAAGUCCAUCAAACGGCACAGCGUGUGCUGAGUGUCGCGGCGCCAGCGAGGCUCAGCGACCACCGUUGACUUUACGUAGUGCCUGUGAGUGUGGUGUGGGUGUGGAUGGUGCAGCAGGCCUGUAGUCCCUCUCCCCUCCGCUCCGCCACGCUGAAGCCUCACAGGGGCGGCCAAACAGCGGCGUGACAGCGGCCUGCGCCAAGCGAGACCAAUGAGACCACGCCAGGCCUCAUUGUGCGGCGAUCCUACCUCGUGGGGACGCGGGCCGCGCUUGGAGGAGGAGGAGGAGGAGGGGAAGAGAGGAGGAGGAGGAGGAGAAGGAGCCACGCGUGACCUGAGUUAAUGUUUGAAGUGACCUGAACGAAUGCCUGGCAGGACAGCGACUCGGAUUGUGAACGUGCCAGAGAUGGAGGAGGUGAGGGAGAUGGAGGAAAGAGGGAGUGAAGGAGCAGGACAAGGCGAGUGAGUGAGAGGAGGGGAGCGAGUGAGAGCAAGGCGUGUUCUGCGACAACCUCAGUAAGAGAUCUGAAGACGAGAUGGUCUAUUGUAUAAAUCCUGUGUACUAGUCCGUAGACCCUUAGUGUUUAAUUAGCAUGUAACGUCGCCCCCACUCUGUACAUAGACGAGCGAUCCAUUCAACCAUUGCUUCUCUCUACCAGGGGAUGCCACGACUCCCUUACCAUUAUUAUCAUUAUUAUUGUCAUUAUCAUUAUUAUUAUUAUUAUUAUUAUUAUUAUUAUUAUUAUUAUUAUUAUUAUGAAUGUCAUUUUCUAUUUAGUUUUCCCUUUUAUUAUUUCUUUUUAUCAACGAAAGUGUCAAGCAAAGCCAAAGUCAGUAGCAAUAGUCUAUCCUUCACACACACACACACACACACACACACACACACACACACACACACACACACACACACACACACACACACACACACACACACACACACACACACACACACACACACACACACACACA